UUUAGUUCUAUUUACCUAUGUUUUCUUCAUAUUCCUUACUACCCUUGAAUAACAAUGUCCAUCAAUUUCAGUUUCAAAAACUUAGAUUAUCCUUGCAUUCACUUCUUUUGGGGAAAUGAAUUCUAAAAAUGAAAAAUUAAUCCAGAUGUCGAUGGACCUAAUGUUCCAAUCCAUGCCCUAAAAUAACCUCCCCAUGGAAUUUCCAGAGUUGGGAGUUGAAUUUUCAGCCAAUGUUUUGCUCAAACAUAAUGAUUACCUUACCUUCACCUUUUGUCUUGCAGCCACAGAAUUCACCUUUUCUGAUGAAGCCACUGAGCCCAUUUGUGAUCAGCUAAGAGAGCUGUUCCAAAUCUGCCCGAAAAGCUACAUACCUGUAUGUGGGACCGAUGGUGUCACCUAUGACAAUGAAUGCCACCUUUGCAAUGCUGUUCAAAAAGGUCGAUCUGAUAUCAUGAUUCAGAAGUUUGGGCCGUGUGAAUAUCAAAGUCGUGAAGACUAGUGAGGCUCGUCCAUGUCAGUCAAACUGAAAAUCAUUAUUCUCAGUUGUAAUUAAGAAAUUUCUAUUCCUGAAAGUAGAAGCAAUCAUAUCAUUUGACUGUUAGGAGUGCUAUCUUUAAGAUUAUUAAAUCCAUCAAAAGCUUUUUUUUUGUAUGUAAACCAAAUCGCAGUGAACUAUUUAUUAUGGCACUAAGAUAUUUUGUUAACAAUAUGUAUUUAUAUGGCAUUUUAACUUUGAAACACAUUGAGAUGUUUUAUUCAGAAGCAUGCUGACCAGUCAACUAAAAUGACAGUUAAACUGAAGUUGAGACAUGAGUUGAAUGAAAACUUUGGUGAAAAAAUAAAGAACAUCUUAAAGGAAGGUGUGAAAUGGAAAUUCAGAGAGAUUCGAGGAGAAUAUUAGACAGUUAGUGUCAAAACAAUUGCCAAUAAUAAUGGAUUGAGGAAAAUGAGGGAUGAGGGUGGAGCUGCAGGAGCACAGAGUUCCUGAAAGUUUUAACAUGACAUACGAAUUUUUAAUUUCAAGCCGUCAAUGAAAUAUGAGCCAAUAUAGAUGCAUAAGCACAGGCACAAUGGGUGUAUGGAAUUAGUGCAAAUUAACAUAAGGGCAGCAGAAAUGUGAAUGGACAGAAGUUUAAGAAUAAUAAAAAAUAGGAGAUAACCAGGAAAGCUUUGGAAUAGUCAGUCAGGAAGUAGAAAUGUAUGGAUGAGAGUUUCAAUAGCCAGAUAGGAGCAGAAAUGGCUUAUACAAUGGAGGCAGAAGGAGGUGGACUUACUGAUGGAGGGAAUGUGGGAUCAGAAACU